CUGGCGCCGUCGGGGACGGGGCGGGGCUGGCGGCGGGGGCGGGGACCCGGAGCGGGAAGAUGGCGGCGGCGCAGGAGGCGGACGGGGCUGGCAGCGCCGUGGUUGCGGCCGGGGGAGGCGGCUCCGGUCAGGUGACCAGCAAUGGCAGCAUCGGGAGGGACCCGCCGGCAGAGACCCAGCCACAGAACCCACCACCCCAGCCAGCACCCAAUGCCUGGCAGGUCAUCAAAGGCGUGCUGUUCAGGAUCUUCAUCAUCUGGGUCAUCAGCAGCUGGUUCCGCCGAGGGCCGGCCCCUCAGGACCAGUCGGGCCCUGGAGGAGCCCCGCGCGUCGCCAGCCGCAACCUGUUCCCCAAAGACACUUUAAUGAACCUGCACGUGUACAUCUCCGAGCACGAGCACUUUACAGACUUUAACGCCACGUCAGCGCUCUUCUGGGAGCAGCAUGACCUCGUGUACGGCGACUGGACUAGCGGCGAGAACUCUGACGGCUGCUACGAGCACUUCGCCGAGCUUGACAUCCCACAGAGCGUGCAGCAGAAUGGCUCCAUCUACAUCCACGUCUACUUCACCAAGAGUGGCUUCCACCCAGACCCCCGGCAGAAGGCCCUCUACCGCCGGCUCGCCACGGUCCACAUGUCACGGAUGAUCAACAAAUACAAGCGCCGGCGAUUCCAGAAAACCAAGAACCUGUUGACGGGAGAGACGGAAGCCGACCCAGAAAUGAUCAAGAGGGCUGAGGACUACGGGCCCGUGGAGGUGAUCUCCCACUGGCAUCCCAACAUCACCAUCAACAUCGUGGACGACCACACGCCGUGGGUGAAGGGCAGUGUGCCACCGCCUCUGGACCAGUAUGUGAAGUUUGACGCCGUGAGUGGGGACUACUACCCCAUCAUCUACUUCAACGACUACUGGAACUUGCAGAAGGACUACUAUCCCAUCAACGAGAGCCUGGCCAGCCUGCCGCUCCGUGUCUCCUUCUGCCCACUCUCGCUCUGGCGCUGGCAGCUCUACGCUGCCCAGAGCACCAAGUCGCCCUGGAACUUCCUGGGGGACGAGCUGUAUGAGCAGUCAGAUGAGGAGCAGGACUCGGUGAAGGUCGCGCUCCUAGAGACCAACCCCUACCUGUUGGCGCUCACCAUCAUUGUGUCCAUCGUGCACAGUGUCUUUGAGUUCCUGGCCUUCAAGAACGAUAUCCAGUUUUGGAACAGCCGGCAAUCUCUGGAGGGCCUGUCCGUGCGCUCCGUCUUCUUCGGCGUUUUCCAGUCUUUCGUGGUCCUUCUCUAUAUCCUGGACAACGAGACCAACUUCGUGGUCCAGGUCAGCGUCUUCAUUGGGGUCCUCAUCGACCUCUGGAAGAUCACCAAGGUCAUGGACGUCCGGCUGGACCGGGAGCACAAAGUGGCAGGACUCUUUCCCCGCCCAACCUUCAAAGACAAGUCCACGUACAUCGAGUCCUCGACCAAAGUAUAUGAUGAUAUGGCGUUCCGGUACCUGUCGUGGAUCCUCUUCCCGCUCCUGGGCUGCUAUGCGGUCUACAGCCUCCUGUACUUGGAGCACAAGGGCUGGUACUCCUGGGUGCUCAGCAUGCUCUAUGGCUUCCUGCUGACCUUCGGCUUCAUCACCAUGACCCCGCAGCUCUUCAUCAACUAUAAGCUCAAAUCUGUGGCCCACUUGCCCUGGCGCAUGCUUACCUACAAGGCCCUCAACACCUUCAUCGAUGACCUGUUUGCCUUUGUCAUCAAGAUGCCCGUCAUGUACCGGAUAGGCUGCCUGCGGGACGAUGUGGUCUUCUUCAUCUACCUCUACCAACGGUGGAUCUACCGCGUCGACCCCACACGGGUGAAUGAGUUUGGCAUGAGUGGUGAGGCCCCGACGGCAGCCGCCCCUGUGGCCGAGGCCCCGACAGCAGCAGCAGCAGCAGCAGGGGCCCUCCCACCCCCACCCGCCCCCGCCCCCGCCCCCGCCCCCGCCCCCGUCACAACCGCUGCUGCCACCAGGGAGGAGGCCUCUACGCCCCUGCCCACCAAGCCCACCCCAGGGGCCAGCUCUACCAGCGAGCCCCAGGAAGCCCCUCCAAAGCCAGCAGAGGACAAGAAAAGGGAUUAGCCGCCCCUGGUCCUCCUCUUCCGCUCCGGCUCCUGGUGACCAUCACCCCUCCCCCUGCUGCCCCGGCCCCCUUCGCCUCCCCUCCCUGUCACCCUUUCCCUGGACAGAUCGGGCCAGGGCGGCAGGAGGCCCCCCUCGGGCCGGAGCCCAGCGUGUGUUGCAGGGGCCGGGGCAGGCCAGGGAACGUUGUCUGUGGAGGCGCCGUCUGUCCGUAUGUUCCUCUGUGUUUCUAGCCAUCUCACCCUGCCUGCCCAGCACCAUUGGGAAUCAUGGUGAAGCGACGUGGCGCUGCCGAGAUGGGGGGGCCCGGCGGGGGAGCGGCUGGGGCCCCUAUGUGGGACGCCCACGGCCAUUUGUCAUCUUGUCCCUUGUCCCCUGGCCAUGCCCCUCCUCCCAGACCACCGCCCUUUAACACAGUCUGGAUUUAAUAAAUUCAUAUGGGUGUUUAACUUAAA